CUGGGCGGUUGGGCGGCCGAGGCCCCGCCCCCGCCGCCCGGAGCGCGCGGCCCUGGCGGCCCGACCCCCAUGAGGGUGUUCCUGCGGCCGAGGUCUCCGGCCCUGCUGCUCCUGUUCCUGCGGCCGCUGCUCGCUUCCGGAGACUUGGCGUCCGGCCCGCAGGCCCGAGCCAUGAACCCGGGCGGCGGCGCGCGGGGCUCCCCGGCGGACAGCCACCGCUUGCAGCGCUCCACCGUGCCAGGCUCCGACCCACAGCGCAGAAACGAACUGCUCCUGCUGGCGGCCGGGGAGGGAGCAGCCCAGGAGCCGAGGCACCACGUCCUCUACUUCCCCGGGGAUGUGCAGAAUUACCAUGAAGUUAUGACUCGUCAUCCUGAGAAUUACCAAUGGAAAAACUGGAGUCUAGAAAAUAUUGCUACCAUCUUAGCCCACCGUUUUCCCAAUAGUUACAUUUGGGUGAUAAAGUGUUCCCGAAUGCAUUUGCACAAAUUCAGCUGCUAUGACAAUUUUGUGAAAAGCAACAUGUUUGGUGCACCAGAACACAAUCCAGACUUUGGGGCCUUUAAGCACUUGUACAUGUUAUUAGUUAAUGCUUUCAACUUAACUCAGAACGGUGUGCUGUCCAAUAAUAGCAGUGUUUGGGAUAAGGAUUGUAAAGCAUCUAACUGUGAGUCUAAUUCUUCUACUGCUAGUAAUGGUGGCCAAGAGGAAAAAGAAAGGACCUGUGAAAAUGGGGAUGAGUCUGCUGUGAGUUUUGCUCCACUAUCAUUGAAUGGUGCAUCAUUUACUUUGAUUGGAUUCAGUAAAGGCUGUGUUGUUUUGAACCAGUUGCUGUUUGAGUUGAAGGAAGCCAAGAAAGACAAGGACAUAGACACUUUCAUCAAAAGUAUAAGGACGAUGUAUUGGCUGGAUGGUGGCCAUUCUGGAGGAAGCAAUACUUGGGUCACAUAUCCAGAAGUCUUGAAAGAAUUUGCUCAAACAGGGAUCAGUGUUCACACUCAUGUAACACCUUACCAAGUACACGAUCCAAUGAGAUCCUGGAUUGGAAAGGAGCACAAGAAGUUUGUUCAGAUACUUGGUGACUUGGGUGUGCAGGUGACUAGCCAAAUUCACUUUGCGAAGGAAGCUCCCUCCAUAGAGAAUCACUUCAGGGUUCAUGAAGUGUUCUGAGACUUAAUGUGCUUGCUUAGUGGGAGAACCAAAUACUUAUUAUAAACACAGACGAUAGAUUAAGUGUAAUUAGAUG